GGCGGUGCGUUGUGUGUGCCCCGCACGCCGGCUUCGCGCUCCAGGGGCAAUUGACCGCCCUGAGGACCCAGGCGGCGCCUGGCUGGCCGGUCGAAGCGGGCCAAGCGCCCUCCAGCUGUUUUUGCUUGGUAAUUCCUGAAGGAAACAGAUCCACAAGAUGAGUGAACUGGAACAGUUGAGGCAGGAAGCAGAACAACUGAGGAAUCAGAUCCAGGAUGCCAGGAAAGCAUGUAAUGAUGCUACGCUUGUUCAGAUCACAUCAAAUACGGACUCCGUGGGUCGAAUACAAAUGAGAACAAGGCGGACGUUGCGAGGCCACCUAGCUAAAAUCUAUGCCAUGCACUGGGGAUAUGAUUCAAGGCUACUAGUCAGUGCUUCCCAAGAUGGAAAAUUAAUUAUUUGGGAUAGCUAUACAACAAAUAAGAUGCAUGCCAUUCCGCUGAGGUCCUCCUGGGUGAUGACCUGUGCCUAUGCUCCUUCGGGUAACUACGUUGCCUGUGGUGGCCUGGACAACAUCUGCUCUAUAUACAACUUAAAAACCAGAGAGGGAAAUGUGAGAGUGAGCCGGGAGUUGCCAGGUCACACGGGCUACUUAUCCUGCUGUCGCUUUUUAGAUGACAGCCAAAUUGUUACAAGUUCAGGAGACACAACUUGCGCUUUGUGGGACAUCGAAACUGCCCAGCAAACCACCACGUUCACUGGGCAUUCUGGGGAUGUGAUGAGUCUUUCCCUGAGUCCUGACAUGCGGACUUUUGUUUCUGGUGCUUGCGAUGCCUCUUCCAAAUUAUGGGAUAUCCGAGAUGGAAUGUGUAGACAGUCUUUCACAGGACACAUCUCAGAUAUUAAUGCUGUCAGUUUUUUCCCAAAUGGAUAUGCCUUUGCCACUGGCUCUGAUGAUGCUACUUGCCGGCUGUUUGACCUCCGUGCAGACCAAGAAUUAUUACUGUAUUCUCAUGACAAUAUCAUCUGUGGAAUCACUUCUGUAGCCUUUUCAAAAAGUGGGCGCCUCCUGCUAGCUGGUUAUGAUGACUUUAAUUGUAACGUGUGGGACACGCUGAAAGGCGAUCGUGCAGGUGUCCUUGCGGGUCAUGACAACCGUGUCAGCUGUUUAGGUGUAACUGAUGAUGGCAUGGCUGUGGCAACAGGGUCUUGGGACAGUUUUCUGAGAAUCUGGAAUUAACUGUGUCAUACAUAUGUUUUGUUCUCCAUUGAUAUCUGGAGAAAUCAAUGCUACAGCCUAGAGCUGUGAAAAACAAAUUCUACCUUACAUUUGCAAGUGAAGAUUUUUCUAUUGAGAUUAUUAUAUACAAAAAGAAGAUUUCAGUAAACUAC